AUGUCCGGCAGACCAAGAAUGCUGGAAAUGUUCAACGAGCAGUUCCCACGAUUUGCCGGCCAACUAGAUCGGAAUAAGCUCUACACACGGAGACGAGCGAUUUUGUCACACAACAUGCUGUCCCCGGCUGAAAUAGAGGCCAUCAAGUUGGAAGUGCAACGAGAACUGCGUAGAGAGAGUGGAAGAUCGAGCGAUAUGUCGAGAAGGAGCUCUGCUAGGCUGAGUGUAUCGUUCGCUAGUGAAAGGCGCGAAUCUAUUGCACCACCACCGGAUCCAGUGGAUGAGCCUAGAGGACAAGAGCCGGCAGAGGAUCAACAACGAGGUCAACUAAAGAACGAAUUGGCACAUGGAUGCAGCAGUGACCCAUUGCAGUAUUCCCACCGAAUGACGAGUGCCGUCCAAGUACUCGACCAGGAAGUUCUACCUGUGUACCUGGAAGUGGUAGAGAAUCUAGAGGAGCUGCAAUUUAUCGUUUAUUGUGGAACUGUAGCUGUUGUACGGACGUUAGGAAUGCGCACCUUUCACCAAGACGAUAGACAGAACCGCGUACUCUCCAAAAAAACGAAACCUGCUUGGAUGAGACGCCUGGAAGGUCGUAUCCAAACGCUCCGAGUAAAAAUCGGUCGACUAACGCAGUACAAGAGGGGAAGUCGAUCGCGAAAGCUGAUUCGUGGAGUUGCUGAAAUUGUGAAGCCGGCAGAGCUCUCUGAUCAUAAUGAAAACCGCAUCAUUGAGAUCCUCGACACCCAUGUACAACGGUUGAGUGCUCUAUCAAAAAGGUUAAGACGUUAUACGGAAUGUACGAAAAGGCAUGCGGAUAAUCGUAUGUUCAGUAUGAACGAAAGGGAGUUCUACAGCCGCAUAAAAAAGAAACGCAAUAAUUACGAUGGUGGUCUUCCUGAGAUUGACGAAGUUACCCAGUUUUGGUCAGGCUUAUGGGAGAACCCUAUUCAACACCGAAGUAACAGGAUGUGGCUGGCAGAAGAAGAGGAAUAUGGAAACGGACUUGAAGCAAUGCCUGCCGUUAUGGUAACCGCCCAUGAUAUCAACGAAGCCAUUCGAUAUUCCAGGAAUUGGGCUGCGCCAGGACCAGAUUUCGUGCACAAUUUCUGGUACAAAAAGUUUUCUUCAACUCAUGGGCGAAUGGCAGAGUGCUUCAAUAAGGUAUUAGAAAAGCCCCAAACAACACCGGAGUUCGCGGCCAGGGGAAUUACUCAUCUGAUGCCAAAGGAUCAAAACACAGCGAAUGCGGCGAAGUACAGGCCAAUAACAUGUCUAACGAGCCUGUACAAGCUACUUACGUCGAACACGCGGGGCUGCAAAGAUCAAGUCGUUAUCGAUGCAGUCAUCGUCGGACAAGCAAGCCGAAACAGAAGGAACAUGAGUAUGGCGUACAUUGACUAUAAAAACGCAUACGACUCACUACCGCAUACGUACCUGAUAAAGGUACUAAAAAUGUACAAGAUACAUGAUGGCGUCAUCAGGUUUAUGGAACACGCAAUGGUAAACUGGAGCACCUCGCUUAGUAUCACCGACGGAACAACUAUGUUGAGAUCCAGAACUCUCAAUAUUCGCAGGGGAAUAUUCCAAGGUGACACAUUCAGUCCUUUGUGGUUUUGCCUUGCGAUGAACCCCUUGAGCAGAGCACUCAACCGAAGCAGCCAUGGCUACCAUAUCAACAGAACAACGACAAUAAACCAUACCUUCUAUAUGGACGACUUGAAACUGUUUGCGGAAUCAACAGAAGCGCUACAUAGUCUUCUACAGUGUGUUAGCGACUUUAGUUCCGAUGUGCGGAUGGAACUCGGAAUCGAAAAGUGUAAGGCAGUACAGCUCCACCGUGGACAAUUGGUGGAGACUGAAGGAUUCCGCAUUAACGAGAGUGAAGUGAUUCAAGAUUUGGUGGAAGGCGAAUCCUAUAAGUACCUGGGAUUUCUGCAACUGAAAGAGAUUUGUCACACAAAAAUCAAGAAGGAACUCCAGGAACAAUUCUUGAUAAGAAUCAACCAGGUUUUGAGAACAAACCUCUGCGGCGGCAAAAAGAUCAAAGCCGUCAACACGUUUGCCGUUCCCUCACUUACGUACAGUUUCGGAGUGCUGAAGUGGACAAUAACCGAAUUAGAAGCCAUUGAAAGAACGAUGAGAGUAACGUUCACUAAGCACCGCAUGCACCAUCCAAAGUCGUCCAUAGAAAGAUUCACCUUGCCACGUGUUGAAGGUGGAAGAGGUGUCAUUGACAUCAAAGCGCUUUGCGUUUCCCAGAUCCAGCAGUUGCGGGGAUACUUCGAAGAAAGUCAGACCCGUCACGAUAUCCAUCGCGCUGUUUGUGAAGCAGACCGUGGAUUCAGUGCCCUGCAUUUGGCGCAGAAGCAGUACGAGCUAAGUUGCAAUUUGCAGACUACUGAAGAAAAAAUAACGUCGUGGAAGCAAAGAGAACUUCAUGGGACGCACCCCCAUCGUUUAGAGCAAGCGCCAAUCAACAAAAAAUUAUCGAACACGUGGCUGGUGCGAGGUGAACUCUUUCCUGAGACAGAAGGGUUUAUGGUAGCCAUCCAGGACCGGAUAAUAGCGACCAAAAACUACGGAAGUACAUCUUGCACGAAAACGUUGUCGACUGUUGCAGAUAAAGUAGGAGAGACGAUUGAACACGUCAUAGCCGGCUGUGGAGCGCUAGCCGAAUCAGCUUAUCUCAAUCGUCACAACUCGGUUGCCAAGAUUGUUCAUCAACAGCUAGCAUCAAAACGCAUCUUGUCUUUGGAGGAGCUGCAAGUAACAGAGCAGCUUGCGGUUAUGCAGAAAGCGGUGAUUCUUGGAACAUGUAACAUAGUGCGACGGUUCCUGAAUCACCACAAUUAG